GGCUGCAGCGCGGACACUCGGUGUGCUCUGAUUGGCUGAGCGCAGCAGCAACAGUUGCGCUACGGAAGCGGAACACAUCCGCUGCAGGACGCAGUUACACGCGCUGUUUAAAGCGCUCUUCCGCUGAGUUACAGCAUGCAUGACGCGUCUCUGCUCGGAUGCGUCGCGCUGCUCAUCGGCGCCGUCACCGCGUUCAGUCCCACCGACAGCGAGUUCACGUUUCUGCUGCCAGCUGCCAGCAAAGAGUGUUUCUACCAGAGCGCUGUUCGCAACGGCAGCAUCGAGAUCGAGUACCAGGUGAUCGCCGGAGCAGGUAUGGAUGUGGAUUUCUCCAUCGUCUCUCCUCAGGCAAUCCACCUGGUCUCCGAGUUUCGCCGUUCUGACGGCGUUCACAUGGUGGAGCCCACGGAGGCGGGAGACUAUCAGAUCUGCUUCGACAACAACUUCAGCAGGUUCUCCGAGAAGAUGGUCUUCUUCGAGGUCAUCAUGGACAGCCCAGCCAAUGACGGCGGAGCGGACGAUGAGUGGGCGGGGCUUGGAGAGCCAGAGAGCCUAUUAGAGUACAAGCUGGACGACAUAAAGGCGAGUGAAUCUGAUGUCAGAGUCACAUGAUUACGUAGUGCUGAUGUAUAAAGAUAUUAAGUGAAUGCGGUUCUGUGGGCUGCCUCUGUCUUCCACAGAAACA